AGUAAUUGCAGUAUAAAUAAUGGCUUCAGACCAGCAGAAGAAACAGUUUCGCUCUCCGACAAGAAGAAGAAACAAGAAAAGACUGAGGAAAAACAUUGCUGUCAACAUGUUUCGGACGAUUCUCUUACAGGUGAUGGUGUGUACAGCAGCAGCGCAGGUUGAUAGCCAACUCCUGAGGUACGCCUGUCCUCCCGCUGACGCCCAGCAGCACACCUUCCGGAUGAUGACCGAGGAUGUCACUGCGGACCCUAUCCCACCCCUGGAUCAGGUGCUUGAAGACCUGCAGGACGCACCUCUUGAGAUCCAGACGUUCCUGUCCAAUCUGAACCAAAAUGCGGAGAGUAUUUCCUUAAAGCUUCCAAGCAACACUUUGGACAUCGUAGGCCCAUUUAUCAGUCGUUGCUGUCCAUUGCCAGCGUUCAACUGUACCGCCGUGAAGAUCCCGCUGUUUUUCAUCCGGUAUUACGGAAGCAUUUGCUUCAUUUUCUACCCUCUCGACAACUUCUUCUACACCCGAUGCACGUGUUCGCAGUGUCUUGUGCCUGGUUCCUGCCCUGUGGUAGGGCGAUGCGUGGAGUCAUCAUGGCGGUUUGUCAAGGUGGUGGCCUACUGUCCCAGUCACAUCGUUCGCUUUGUCAAGAUCCUCAUGAAGAUCCCCGCAGACUGCAGCUGCAUGCAGCAGUGCCCUCCAGGGUGGCGGUCCAACACAAGUAAUAAUACAUCCAUGUCCACCAUCUCCGCCAUCGCUAGAUAAACUACUUGUCGCACGGGGAAGGUCAGAGACACACCGCGUCUGCCUGACCAUCCAACAUCUACGAAUACAGAGUUGGUCAUUUUUGGAAACAAAACUGUGGCUGACAUUUUUUUUGCGAUAGAAUUAGGCAACCAGAGCUCUUACUCAUCAAGCUUAGGGGCGUUACCAAGGUAGGAAAAGAGCAACGCCUGUUGUUGAUAACAUCUGACUAGUCUGCCAAUCAACAAUAAAUAUUUGAUUGAUGCCUACCGA